CGGAUUUUCGAAACAACGGUUAUAGCCGUCCUAAACUGGUUGUUUACGUUGAACGAUGCUUUGCAUUAUAAAUAAGCGAAUUAAAAGGAGAUAUGAAAACCUGAUUGAGACCUGCAAGCUUAAAACGAAUGAGAGAUCUGAUGGAGCUUAUUGGUCCGUAUAUAGUAAACUCUACUCAGAAAUCAGAGAGUGACUUCAGGAGCAAUCUGGAACGCAUUGUCCUAGUUUCGGAUAUGGUUGAUGAUGAACUGACUAACCUUUUUUCAAGAUGUCAGUCUGUUUUGGGCAACCGCAUUAAAAUGUUGACACCAGCACCUUUAACUACCAUAGGUUAUUCUGAAGUUAACUCCUUACCUAUGGAAGCUUCUGCUAAGAAACUUUUGUGUCACCCGGUUGACGAAGAAUACAUAACAUAUCAUUUGGCUAACUCGACUCGGCUUCUUUGCAUGUUAGAAACAAAUGUUGGACUGCAAGGCGUUGGUGGUUUAUCGGAAAUUUCUAAAUUGCAACAGAUAUCUGGAGGAAACAACGGAAUAGCAUCAAAUUGUACUGAAGAAUAUUUAAGCGAAUUGGAGAAGGAAUGUAAUAAUCUGGCCUCAGAACUGGCUGAUUUAGAAUACUUGGAAAUUAUGCAAAACAAGGCAAUCAAAGAGAAGAAGUAUAUGGAUGAACUUGAAAAAAUUCUUAUCAGACAAAACUCUUGGCUAAAACUUCUAACAUGCAUAAUCACCUUGGAGUGUGAUUCUUGUAAACAAGCCUCAGAAUCUUUGGUCAGUCUAUUCCAGUCUAUUCAAACGCUUAAAGAUCAUACUGAACAGCUUGAAAGUUCAUUGGACAUGUCUUCAUCGAAAGACGGUUCUAUGGAUCCUGAGAAUGACUCAAAGUUGUUUGCAGAUGCAGUCGUUCAACUAUUACAAUGCUCUUCUGCCAGUUUAUUGGUUUUCGCCUCCUUCCCACUUCGAUCUGAGCUAUCUGAGAAACUGACAGUUGAAGAGAAUCGUUCAGAAAAUAUUCUUGAUGUCUUACAGACUGUUAAAUGUGAUCUGGCUUCAUCUCAAACUUCUAUUAAGGCUAAAUCACAGAAGUUAAAUAUUUAUAUACAAGAAGUUAAAAAAGAACUACUCGAGAUGGAAGAAACAUUUAACCUUUCAAGUACUUGUUCUUCAACUACUACUCCCCCACCUGCUUCACACGAAGAACGAAUCAAUCCAGAACGUUUUCGUUUUUCUUGGAAUGGUCUAUGUGCCUCGGAUCUGAUUGAUAGAUAUGUGAAUAUGAGUCAAACAGUAAACAAUCUAGCUGAUCAAUUGGAUUCAUUGGAACUUAAAGUCGAUUUGUCUUACGGGCGUUGAAGAGACUUUUGUAAAUAAAACUUCAUUUAUUUAUUUUUCCAGAAAAUAAAUCACUUUUUU